AUGGCUAUCAUUCUUGUCACUGGCGCAAACAGAGGAAUCGGGUUUGGUAUUGUUCAGGCGAUCGCCGGUCGACUUAGCAACUUCACCAUCCUCGUCGGAUGUCGCACACAUGAGUCUGGCGAAAAAGCGAUUCGCAAAUGGAGAGACAUUGGUAUCAAAGAAGCCUUAGACGUACUCCCAUUCGACAUUGAGGAUGACGGAAGCAUUAUCGCCGCUGCAACCAUCGUUGAAGAGAAGUAUGUCCUGAUCAAUAACGCCGCCAGAGUCACCGUCUCAGAAUCACUUAACCUCCCCGAUGUCCGGUCCGCGACCAACUCUGUGCUUGCAAACUGUGUCACUUCGAAUCUCAUCGUCACUCAAGCAUUCCUCCCGCUUCUUCGCAAAUCCGAAUAUCCUCGCGUCAUCAUGACCUCGAGUGCUCGAGGCAGCAUGACAAGAACAGCAAAUGGGGAGCUUCCGCCAGCAGCCUCCAUCAACUAUUGCAUGGCAAAAGCUGCGUUGAACAUGCUGACCCUGCAAUUCCACCUGGCCGAAGAACGAAGGUCGUCCGAUGACAAAGUCGUCUUCUGGGCAACUAGCCCCGGGCAUUGCAAGACAGCUUUCAACGGGUUUCGCGGCACCAAAGAACCGGUGGAUGGAGCUGAAGUCUUUGUACGAUUAUUAGAGUCAGAAAAGGGCGUCAUUGCCUCGGGAACGUUUUGGGAGUUUGAAGACGACGAGUUCAGAUUGGUCCCCUGGUAA